AUGAAAACGUACAGCAGGAAAAAGGGCGACAGCCCGAGCAACGUAAUCAUCCAUGUGAACGAGCUGUGCCGGCUCUGCCUUGCCAAGGAGGAGGAAAUGGUGCCGAUCUACGAGGAUGAGACCGUGCCGAUGCCGCUACGGAUUCUCUCCUGUGUCAACAUCGAGGUUUAUGAACAGGAUGGCCUACCUAACAUGAUAUGUCAUCCCUGCAAAUAUCAAUUGGAAAAGUCUUAUCAGUUUAGAAAGAAAUGUCAGGCCGCAGAUGCCAAGCUCAGGAAACAUAUGAAGUUGAUACAGCAAUUAACUGGACAGGAUGAAGAAGGCGAGAACCAGGAUAGCAAAGAUGAAUCCAUGGAAUCCAAUACUGGAAAAUCUAAGCAAGUUAAGCAGCUAUUAGCAGAUCUAGUUUCGACCAAAGGUGAAAUGGCAGAUGGAAAUCCCAUUGAAGUAACGGAAGAGGAACUCGUUGGUGGUUAUAUUCUGGGAAUGAAUUCCGAAAAUCCAGAGAUGGAGGAAAAUGUUUCCGAGGACCCACAGAACAUCACACUGAUGCCUGCUGAAGAACGAACAGCAAAAGCGCGAUGCACAAUAAGAACGUCGCGCAUUAAGCAGGAACAGGAAUCCGACGAAGAUGCGGAUGACGUGCAAAGAACGAUCACAAACGUUGAUCACAAAAACGUUUACAUGAUGGAGGUCACCAGCAAUAAUCCCGCUACGGCUGAAUCGUUGAAGUUACAGCCUAUGGGUGACACAAUAGUUGAUGCUAAUCCAGAACUGAAAGUCUUUAAAUGCGACAAAUGCCCGAAAGCGUUUACACGGAGGAUAAUGUUAAAGAGCCAUCAAUCGGUGCAUUCCACGCAGAGAGGGUACACGUGUCAAGCAUGCGAAAAAUGGUUCCCGACAAGAUCCGCAUUGGUUAGACACGAACGUACACAUACAGGUGAAAAACCGUUUGGUUGCAACAUUUGCCACCGUGCUUUCGCGCAGAAGGAGAUUUUAUUCCGACAUUUAAUGACACAUUCUGGCCAAAAACCAUUCCAAUGUCAGAACUGCGAAAAGAGCUUCACGCAGCGAGAAGCACUCAAAGUACACAUGCGUCGGCAUCAGAAAUUAAAUCCAAAUGAUAUCCAAUUGCAUCAUUGCCAGCUUUGUCCGAAAGCGUUCUGUCAUGCAUCCGGCCUCAGCAGGCACUUGGUUACUCACACUGGUAGAACAUACAAGUGUGUCGAGUGCGAGAAAACUUUUACUGAUAAGAGUUCAUUGCUGAGGCAUAGUCGUAUCCAUGCGCCCAAGAAAAUUAUAGCAAAUUGAGCAACGUUAUCGUUGCUCAGUUUGUUGUGAUUCUCCUGAGAUCUUGUGGAUACAAAAGGAUCCUUUGAAACAGAACGUACAUCAGAAAAUUAAACUUGUAUUGUCGAUAUUGAUGAGAAAAUUUUAACAGCGAUUUUCGAAAAUUUAUAUAAUUAUUUCAUUGACAUAAUUUAGUUAACUUUAUCUGUAAUUUGUAUAUUUAACAUCAAAGAAGAUUAAGUAUAUGUUUGUUUAGUCACUUUUAUAUAAAUGUUAUCAAAUAUUUGUACAAUUUGAAAAAUUACAUAAUUUGUGUAUAAUAUACAGGGUGUAACAUAAAAAGCGCCUACGAAUUAUAUAGUGUUAUUCCUUGUAAAAAUCUGAGUCGAAA